GACACUCUCUCUAUGUCAAUAUAUACCUCUAUGGAUUUUUAGUGGUAAUUUAAAAAAAAAUUACACCUAUUUGUUUUGUUUAUAUCUACAUAGCAACCCACCAUUCUGUUAAAUUUUUAACAACAGUACUUUCUGCAAACAGAUAUGUCCGCCUCCUAUAAGAAACCAGUGACAACAGCCAGAAAGAAGUCUGGUCCUAAGUUUGAAGUAAGUGAUGAACAAAAAAAUGAUAUCAAAGAAGCUUUUGAUCUAUUUGACAAUGAAUCUACUGGUAAAAUAGAUGCCAAAGAUCUAAAAGUAGCCAUAAGGGCAUUAGGAUUUGAACCAAAAAAAGAAGAAAUCAAGAAAAUGAUUGCUGAUAUAGAUAAAGAUGGUACAGGAGAAAUAUCUUUUGAUGAUUUCUUGCAGUUAAUGUCUGUCAAAAUGGCAGAAAAGGAUUCAAAAGAGGAAAUUAUGAAAGCAUUUAGGUUAUUUGAUGAUGACGAAACAGGAAAAAUAAGUUUUAAAAACUUGAAACGUGUAGCAAAGGAACUUGGCGAAAAUUUGACUGAUGAAGAACUGCAAGAAAUGAUAGAUGAGGCAGAUAGAGAUGGAGAUGGUGAAAUAAAUCAGGAGGAAUUUCUCAGAAUAAUGAAAAAAACUAGUUUAUAUUGAAAAGGUGUACUUAAAAAUGUUAAUCUCAAUAAUAUAUGUUUUUGUUUUUAGUAUAAUGUAGGAUUAUCAGUAAUUUUGUAUUUUGUUUUUGAAUUUUUUAUGUCAACCACAUGGAAAAUGUAGGUAAUUAUCACCUUUAUCAUUUGAUAAAUAAGUAAUUUAUAAAAAAAUAUACAAAACUUACAAUAUAUUAAUACCAAAUGCACUAAAUUGGCCCAUUGAUCUCUUAGGUCAUUAUGAUUCUAAACAUGUAAUGGGAUGCAUUUUUGGUAAGCAGGUACAGUCGUUUGUUAUUUAUAGAAAAAGACAGCAAAUACAAAAUAAGUGAUUGAUGUGAUCGUUCAUGGGUAUAGGGCUUUUCAUCGAUUGUCAUUUGUUUCGAGCUUCUGUCAUGUGUCACAUAAUAUUAAUAUAUCUACGUCAUACGUCUUUGGUUCGUACCAUUGGUAUAUGCAAUAACGUACGACGUAGAUAUAUUAAUAUUAUGUGACACAUGACAGAAGCCCGAAACAAAUGACUGUGAAUGAAAAGCCCUAUUCUUUCAUUUUUCCGACUGUAUGUAAGUAUAUAUUGUUAUAAUAAAAGUUUAAAAUUCCGGAUUUCUCCUGUCAUAUGAACUUGUCAUUUUUGGUAUUUUUAUAAUAUAGUCAAACACAUUAGAUUGUAAUACAUCCAACUCCCACAGAAAUCUGGAAGCACGUUGCCACUAGCGCCUCUGUCGGCUUGAGUUGAACUACGUUUUGACAAUGUAAAAUUUGACGUAAACAUUCAAAUUUCAUCAUCAUAAGUGGCUCGACAAUCCGUUGUGGAUCUUGGCCUGCUCACAAAGAAGUCGCCACUCCUGCCGAUUCCUGGCAACUUCCCUCCCUUCAAAUUUAAUUUUAUUAAUUUUUGGAUAACGAGCUCAUUUUUCUAAAUUGUGUUUGUACUUUCACAAAAUUUAUUUGUUUCAUUUAGUUUAAAAUAAAUUAAAUUUAUUUUUUCAGUAAAUACAAUGAUAUUAACAGGAAAAAACAUUGUAUAAAAGAAGCAUAUAAAAACUUAUGACAUGAGGUUAGUCCAUUAAAUUUUUAGUAGUAUAACAUAACAUAAAAAAUAUAAAAUUCCUAAUCUUUUGGUAGUUUUAAUUUUAUUUGUUUUAAUUUUAUCUCACAGUAAUAGUUUUUGGCACUAAAAUGUUUCAUAAAAACCUGGUCGUCUAUUUUAUAUGGAUUAUAAUAAUUACACCAAUAAUUGGUAUCACGUAACUGGCAUCGCUCUAGAUUUAAAUCAUGUCUUUUUGUCUGAUUCUGCCAUAUCAUUAAGUUGAUUUAGUAAUAGGUAGCAGAUUUACAGAAUCCAUUUUUUUUUCAAAAUACAUAUAAUAAACAUUAAACACAAAGCAAAAAGUUAGGUUAAUAAUAUUAAUAUGGAUUAACUGACAGAGCUUCAGUCGGGUCGCCCACGUUUUCUCAACUGUCAUCAAUACGACUAACUUCACGCGUAACUUUGAUACGAGAAUUAUAAAAAAAAUAUGCAUUGAAAUCCAGAUCCUGUAAUUUUUUGAGCAUUAAGUGUGUACAAAGAUAUACAUAAUUCUUUUUUUGUACUUACAUCUUCAAUUUACCGUGCACUUCUCGUAGACUCUCCCGAUAAGGUAGAGUCAUGUUGAGAAAAAGCAGCGUGCCCUCUUCGGGUCAUUCAUAGUUUUUGGUUAACAACGCAGACCACUAGAUGGCGCUAUUUUGUUUGCUUCCGCAAAAUUAAUGGGAAAUGUCAAGAGUUGUAUGUGUUACAGUCUAAUGUAUUUGAUAUAGUUUUGUUUUAAAAAUUGAUGUAUUUUAGUAUUUUUUUUAAUAUAUUUUGUUGUUGUUUAUAAUUUUCAUACCAUUGUUUAUCCUAUAUUGAAUUAUUAUUGCAUACCAUAUGCACUUUUUUAGACUUUUUGAGUGUUUCUAGCAACAUUUUUUGAGUCUUUAUCAACUGACUAAAAGUUUUCCACUACAAGACAAAGUUGCUAAAACCCACACAAAAAACUUUUUACCUUAUAUAGAAUGUUUCAUUAAUACAUAAUUGUAAAAAAUUUAACUGGAGAUUCCUGGGCACAAAAUAUUAAGAUUAACCCGAAUCACUUAAAUAAAAUGUGGCUCCUGACUAAGUUACAGGAUAUUUUAUUUAAAAAUUUAAAAACUAUUUGUACCCAGUACUUUAAAAUUAAGGCUGUAUGACACUAUGCAUUUUCUUGUAGCAUUUCUAAUAUCGUUUCUGAUAUUAGAAAUUUGUAUACAUUUUCUUGUAUUGUUUCUUGUACGUACAUUUGUGCCCUGUGUGACACUAUGCAAGUUCUUGUAUCGAAAACUGUAUGUACAGUUGAGUCCGCGAAUCUUUACCCGUGCGUCAUCAUUUAAAGCAUACGAAAUAAGUCGAUGAUAAGACGGAAAUUGAAAUUUACUAUACGCAACAGCAAAUGACAGUAAGUGACUUGCUGUUGCGUUUAGUAAAUUUCAAUUUCCGACUUAUCAUCGAGUUAUUUCGUAUGCUUUAAAUGAUGACGCGCGGGUAAAGAUUCACGGACUCAACUGUAAUUCGGCACGUGAUUGGUCGAAAUUUUGUUUGUUACCCUGUGUCACGUUAAAUUGGUAUGGUAGUACUGCGUCUACAGCUAAUUUUAAGGGAUUUAUAAACUUUUAAAAACUUAGAAAUUUAACAUUUUAAUGUUAACCAGAAUUUUUACGUUGACUGAGGUUGAUUAUUUGUGUCUUUAUUUUGUUUUGAUAUUUGCGCUAAAAUAUUUGCAUUAUAAUUAUCUUCAGUUUGAUCCAAAUUAGGAACUAUUGUAUUUUCCUCUAUUAAAAAAUUAUGCAACAUGAGAGCCAAACCAAAGUUAUAGUUUGGACUUUACUAGGAGCUAAAUAUAUGGUUAUUAGUAGAACAGUAGUUCAUAUAUAUUAUCAAUAAAAUAUUUAUACCUACAAAAACACAAAUAAAUUCAUCAAGACAUAAAUCAUAUGAUCCCAUUUUCAGCCGCCAUUAUGACAUUUUGAUGUUUUACCAGCAGGUUUUACGUUUUCGCUCUUUGCGCAGAAAUUGACGCAGUUCUUGUACAAGAAUCUGUGUCUGACACAAAUUCUUGUAUCGUUUCUUGUAUCUGUGUAUGACACUAUGCAUUUUUUUGACAUAUCAGAAACGAUAUCAGAAAUGAUACAAGAAAAUGCAUAGUGUCAUACAGCCUUUAUUUGUCAUAUCCUUGUCAUACUUAACAGAAAGUGUUUGUACUGUACACCCUACUAAGUUAUGUUAAAUAAAUGUUUUUGGCUACUACCACAGGUGUACGAUAGGGGAAAGUGAAUGGUUGACCCAUCUCAAAUUCUUAGCUACUGGCGGAAUUGCUAUUUUAGUGUAAUUUUUAGAUUAUCUAAUAUAACCUAGAAAUAUACUCUUCAUUCGUAACCAUAAAGUCAUUAUUUUUCGAGAUAUUUGAAGUUAAAAAUGAAGCGGCACAGAUAUUUUGAUAAUACUUUAGGAAGGCCGGUCUUUUUGAUUCAUAGAAAGGCCUGCAUUUAUAGAGCUUUUCAUCGAUUGCCAUUUGUUUCGAGCUUCUGUCAUAUGUUAUAUAAUCUGUGUAUAAAUUAAUAUACACGGAUUAUACGACAUAUGACAGAAGCUCGAAACAAAUGACUGUGAAUGAAAAGCCCUAUUAUGCAAAUUAAAUUUUAAUCGCUUUUAACAAAAAAAAAACAGUUAUUUAUUGGAAUUUCUUGAAACGAAUAGAUAUUCUUUUUCUCAUAGACAUCUUUCAGUGCGUCACAGUUUUUCGAUUUCUUUCUAACGCAUUAAAUUGUAUGUGACAGAAAAAAAGGCACGUCUGUGAUUACAGACAUUUAUAACAUUUAUUCUAGUUGUCGAUAGAUAGCGCUAUAAUCGAAAAAAAAUUAUUUACGAAUUAUAUAAUAUAUCUACGAAUAUAAUCUGUACAAUUUAUAAGACAAUACAAAUCAAAGAAAAUACCAUUUUAUAAAUGCAAUAAACACAAUUGAUUUGUUUUUAUGCCAAAUUGCAAAUAAAAUGUGACACGCUGUCAGAUUUAACUAAAAUGUCAUGUUAGAAUAAAUGUUAUAAAUGUAUAUUAUCACGAACUUACCUCUUUUUCUAUCAUUUGUGACGCACUGAAAAAUGCUCAUGAAAAGAAGCAUACAUUCAACAUUUAAAAAGAAAUUGUGCUGCUAUGUUAUAAUCUAAAUAAAAAACAAUUUUAAUAAUACGAAAAUAUAAAAAAAAACACAUUUUAACUAAACCAUUUAUAACAGAUGUUCAAUGUGACGCCUAUUUACCUCAAUACGCUUAUCAAUUCUUUCUGUGUCGCUUCCUUUUUAAAUUCAAAUAUCUCGAAAAAUAAUGACUUUAUCGUUACGAUAAUAGCGUAUAUUAUUUGCAUAGAAAAUAUUAGAGAAUCGAAAAAUUGCAUUAAAAUAGCAAAUUCACGAGUGGCGUAAAAUUUGGGAAGGGUCGACCAUUCACUUUCCCUGUCGGACGCCUCUGGUAGUAGGAAAAAAUGUGUAUUUAAGAUAAUUUAGUAUAGUGUACAGAACCCACACUUCCUGCCAUGACAAGGAUAUGUCAAAUAGUUUUUAUUUUUAUAGUCACAUUUUAUGUGUGAUUUGGGGUAAGUAUUUUGAGCACAGAAAUCUACAGCUAAAAUAUUUUCAAUUAUUGAUGAAACACACUGUAUAUCUACCUAGUGUUUUGCUAUGACCUAUCAGUAUUGUAUGUGCUCUUCCUUUAGGUUAUGUAUUACAGUUCUCUAGGCUUCCAUCACUGGUUUCACACAUAGAUCAAAUAGUUCAAUUUUGCUGUAUACAUAUUCUCUAGUUGUAGCUUUCCUAGUAGGUAGUGGUUUGCACGCUCUUAAAAAAUAUCAAGAUAAUCAAAUGUUUCUCUAUACAAGGAUGUACAAUGAAAUUACACAUCUACUUAAAUAUUAAGAAGAUUAGAUAUAUAUUUUUUGUGAAUUUAAACAGUUAAAGAGUCAAUUGUAUAGCAUAUACAAUAUUUAAAUAUUGCACUGCCAUUUUAAGACAGUUGUUGGUGAUUUCUUUGAGUAAGUACUACCUAUAUUACCACCCAGAUAUCAAUUGCCAGUAAAAGUUGAUUAAAUAUUGCCUGUCAGUACUAAAAGAAGAAAGUUUAAAUGCCGAAAUAGCCAAAUUUGUGUAAUCAUUGUCCACAUAUUUGUUUAUUCGAGGCAAUGCUGUUAACAUAUCAAGUUGUUGUCAUAUACAGUGCAUAUUAUCAGCUGUAAAACAUUAAAUAAAGGCAUGUGUUGGACUUUUGGCGCGAAACAUAACUUUCAUAUUAUAUUUCGACUUUGUAUAAACUAAUAUAAAGGUUUCGACACUUAGCUGGCUUUAUAAUUUGUGAGCACUUUAGCUUUUGUUUUUGGUGUUUAGCUUAUUUUUUCGGGUCUAAUUCCAUUUUUUUAUCACUUUGCACCUUAUCGAUGUCCAGUUUUCACUUAUAUUUAAGAAAAUAUGACAAGGUGUAAAUCUGUGAAAAAAUAACAGUUGCAUUCCUGGUGAUGUAGGUAAUAGUGGCUCUGAAUCACCAUAAUUUCUUCAUCUUAUAAGACUUGCACAAAUGUUAAUUUACAAAGCAGUUUAUUGCUUUUUGUUACUUUUCAAUUUGUUUCUGCUGCUUAUAUUAAGAGCUUAAGAGCAAAAUUUCGGUCCAAUACUUUUUAAAUGCAUUUUUUUUACUCCCGAAAAAUCUAAUAAAUAUUUUCGAAAAAUGUAAACGCAGAAUGAAAGAGUACAUUAUUACCGAAGGUUGAAAGUCCCUUAGAAUAAACAAAAAGUUUCUUUUGAAUGAGAUAUUUUCUAUUUAUAUAAAAUCACACUCAAUUUUCUCUUCUUUUUCACCCCUGUAACUUAUUAAAUUAAACAUUAUAGAAGUUUUCGGAGACUUUCAGCUAUGGUAAUAAUGUAAUCUUUCAUUCUGUGUUUAAAUUUUUCAAAAAUACUAAUUAGUUUUCUCAUGAUUCGAAAAAACUUAAUGCAUUUAAAAAGCUUUGGCCCAAAAUUUUGGGCCUACGGUCUUAAAACAGUGCAAAACAUUUAAAUCGCGAUAGAUACGUUAAAUAUAAGUUGUAUUUUAUACAUAGCUUUGUUACAGUGUUAUUUAUUUUUGCAACAGUGUAAAUUCAAUUCAAUAAAAAAUUAUAUAUAA